AUGAUUGCGUGCCUGGAAACGUUGUACGAGCUCGUCUACGCCGUGUUGUUUAUCCGCAUUGUCAUCUUUGACGCGCUUCGAAACCCAGAGAGACUACCCGGUGAGAGCGAGGUGAGCGCGGUUGAAAGGGGUAGAGGUGGUGCCUAUCGCGGAGGAGAACAUGGAGGUGAUGUGGAGCUGAUGGUCAAGAUCGCUGCAGAACCUUUUCCCAAACGACAUAACCUCGUGCUCCCCAGAACGGACUUUAGGCACUCUUGGAGAUCAAUGGGCGGCACUGUACGGGAGGAUGACGUGCGGGCUUCCACUGGUGUUGAUGAUCUCGUCAAUGCAAGAUCGCUUGAGAUGGACUGGAGCCCUCAUCCGCAUGGUUACCUCUAA